CAUUUCAAUUGCAAACAAAACAAUGGAUCCAGUAGAAGAUUCCGAAAUAUUAAACGACAACAACACCGAAACGAAUAUGGAGUUGGAUGCAGGAAAGAAUGAUCGAACGGAAAGCGCUACGCAAAAGAAGCAUUUGCGUUUGCCCUUGGCUAGAAUUAAGCAUAUAAUGAAAUCGGACCCCGAUUGCGGGCUUAUAUCGCACGAAUCUGUUUUCCUCGUUGCGAAAGUUACGGAAAUGUUCAUCGAACUCUUAGCGAUCGAAGCGGGAAAGAAUGUUGGAAAGAACAAGCGUAAAACGGUCCUAAAACGAGACGUCGAAGUUGCUAUAGAGAAUAUACCAAGUAUGUGUUUCCUGGAUGGCGCGUUAGAAUAA